AUGGAGUUGAAAAAGGGCAAGCUUGUCAGGUUUUACUCCGAUGGGAAAAAGCAUAAAGAACCUUCAGGGAUUGAAUACAAGGUUUCAUCAUCUUCCUUGCUUAAACCUAGUACCAAUGUUCUUCCAUUAGGUAAAAAUAAAAUAGGAGGAUCUAAGGUAUUCCCUGAGGACCAUGAGCCGUGGAGAAAAAGAAUACUUGACCCGGGUAGCGCGAUUGUCUUGAAAUGGAACCGGGUCUUUAUAGUUUCUUGCUUGGUGGCGCUUUUUCUUGAUCCUCUCUACUUUUAUUUGCCUAGUGUUGUAGAAACUAUAGGGUCUUCGUGUGUGAGGACUGACCUAAUGUUAAGGAUUGUUGUCACUUUUCUUCGGACUAUUGCGGAUGCUUUUUAUCUGUUGCACAUCAUGAUUAAGUUUAGGACGGCGUAUGUGGCACCGAGCUCACGGGUGUUUGGAAGGGGUGAGCUUGUCAUGGACCCAAGUAAAAUUGCAAGGAGAUACAUCAGAUCUGAUUUCUUCAUUGAUUUUAUUGCCACACUACCACUACCACAGAUGGUCAUCUGGUUUAUCAUACCAGCCACAAGGACCCCUCAGACUGAUCACAAGAAUAAUGCUCUUGCGUUGAUUGUCUUGCUCCAAUAUGUUCCAAGAUUAUAUUUGAUUUUCCCACUAAGCUCUCAAAUAAUCAAAGCAACAGGAGUGGUUACAAAGACUGCUUGGGCAGGAGCUGCAUAUAAUUUGCUAUUGUACAUGUUGGCUAGCCAUGUUUUAGGGGCAUCCUGGUAUCUUCUGUCUGUUGACAGAUAUACUACUUGUUGGAAAUCUGUAUGCAAAAAGGAAGAUAACCCUCAUAGUUGCUUUCUCUACCUAGACUGCAGUUCUUUGAACAAUGAUAUGCGCAAGAUAUGGGCAAAUAGUACGGAUGUGUUUAAUAGGUGUGACCCCAACAAUGAUGACAUUCCGUUCAAGUAUGGAUUAUUCCAAAAUGCAUUAACAAAGCAUGUUGUUUCUUCAAACUUCAUAUCAAAAUACUUAUAUUGUUUAUGGUGGGGGUUGCAGCAAUUAAGUUCUUAUGGACAGAACCUAGAAACAAGCACCUUUAUUGGAGAAACGUCAUUCGCUAUUGUGAUUGCCAUCUUGGGUCUUGUAUUAUUUGCACAUUUGAUUGGGAACAUGCAGACAUAUUUACAAUCAAUUACUAUAAGGCUUGAGGAGUGGAGGCUAAAGCGAAGAGACACAGAGGAGUGGAUGGGACAUCGCCAACUUCCUGAAGAUUUGAGAUUUCGUGUUAGACGAUUUGUUCAAUAUAAAUGGCUUGCAACCCGUGGUGUUGAUGAAGAAACCAUUCUACGUUCAUUGCCAACUGAUCUUCGUCGUGAUAUCCAACGCCACCUAUGCUUAGACCUUGUUAGACGAGUUCCCUUCUUCUCACAAAUGGAUGAUCAGCUUCUUGAUGCGAUAUGUGAGCGGCUGGUGUCUUCUCUAAGCACUCUAGGCACCUACAUUGUUCGUGAGGGUGACCCUGUAACUGAAAUGUUGUUUAUUAUUAGAGGCAGAUUAGAUAGUUCUACGACAAAUGGUGGCCGGACCGGUUUCUUUAACUCAAUCAUAUUGAGACCUGGAGAUUUUUGCGGGGAGGAACUACUUUCUUGGGCACUACUUCCAAAAUCAACCAUGAAUUUGCCGUCUUCAACCAGGACAGUUAAAGCGCUAAGUGAGGUUGAAGCUUUUGCUCUUCGAGCUGAAGACCUAAAGUUUGUCGCAAAUCAAUUUAGGCGCCUCCACAGCAAAAAGCUGCAGCACACCUUUCGAUUCUACUCUCACCAUUGGAGGACUUGGGCCGCCUGUUUUAUACAGGCUGCUUGGCGUCGAUAUAAGAAAAGGAUGUCUGCCAAAGAUCUCGGUGUGAGGGAAUCCCUUCCUUUAGACGAGACAGAGGCAACUGAGAGAGAACACGAAGAGGAAUAUCCUACUGGUUCAAACUCAUCUCAGGCUAAAAUGAAUCUCGGAGUCACAAUUCUCGCUUCAAGGUUUGCUGCUAACACACGUAGAGGAGCACUAAAGAUGAAAGACGACUUGCCUAAGCUACGCAAGCCUGAGGAACCCGACUUCACCACCGAAGCAGAUGAUGAUUAG